AAAUCCAACUUUUAUUAAACUUUAAAGUGAUUGCAUUUUUCCCUUCAGAGGGAUAAUAACUAAAGGGAUAUUUAAAAUAUAUAAACUUUUCCUCUCUAACCAAUCCCAGUUUAUAUUCUAUAUACAGUAUUUUUCCUUACAGUGUAGGGGGUGAUUGCUCUCUGGUAUUCUCAACCUUUGCCCCACCCCCAGUACUUGUUUGUGUGUGUGUGAGUGUAAGUGAGAGAGAGAGAGAGAGAGAGAGAAGAUUUUGCUGAAAGGGCAUAGGAUAUGCAGGGUUUCAUUUCCACCAUCUAACUUAUCUGAAAGUAUUGGUAUGCCACAGUAAAGCAAAUUCUAUCCCAAUAUGGCAGUAAGUAAGUACAAUCACUACUAUUUGCUGAUGGAGCAGUUAAGAUAAGGAAGUCUUAACCAUCCAGUAAUUUUGUCCUUUAUACCCCUGGAAGAUUUUAAGUUGCAUAUCCAGUAUUUGUGAGACACCAUAGGAAUUAACGUUGAAUGUCAUUAUCAAUGGUAGAUAUCAUCUAUGCACAGAGGGAGCCCCAAGGUAUAAACAGUAAAAGUUAAUCAAUUUUCUUUUCUUUGUUUAUUGUUAAAUUGGAGUCAUUAUCAAACAUACCUCUUUUUAAAAAGGCUUAAUUGGGGUCAACUUUUCCCAGUUUCAGAUAAGUAGAGUGCUUUAUACAAGUGUGGGAGGUUUAAAGUCUGGAAAGUGAGGUGCUAAAAACCAUUGACUAUUAACGUAAGCUAAACUGGAAUGGCAUAAAACCAGGAUUCUCAAGUUUGGGUGAAGACCCGAUAAAACAUAAAGACAGUUCAUAGUGUGUUAUUUGCUUGUGGGGUGAGCAGGGUCAGCCCUGCUGUGAGGCAUAGUGAAGCAUCCACCUUGCGGCAGAUGAUGGAGAGGUGGCAGUGGUAGCCCCCUCUGCCAUCAUUCUGAACCCCCUAAACUAGCCUUCCCUAAGCUAGACUGCUGCUCUCUAGUGUGGUGAACCCUGUGGUCAGUGUUGAAGUAACUAUCAGUCUGGUCAGGUUCUGCUCAUGGAACAUGGAGGAGGGGUGCAUCAUCUUGUCCAUUGCUUCAGGCACCAAAAUGUCUUGAGACAUCCCUGGGGGUGAGCCUGGCUUCCUCUCAACUGUGCAACUGAAAUUAGAGAUGUGCACGCCACCAAAUCCAAUGCUGGCACAGCUGUCAGACUUUCCUUCCCUGCUCCCAUUGCUUCAGGCAGACUGAGCACCUUAUUUUUAAAAGCACCGCUUAAAGUUCAUGCAUUGAUCUGUUGAUGUCACCUUAUCAAAGUUUUUUUUUAAGUGCAUAACUGCUCCAGGAGGUAGGUAGGUUCCUUAAUACUGUCACUAGGAGGUGGGCAGCGAAUUGGUAUUAGGCACCACCAGCUUUUUCUUCAGUCUUCAAGUAUUUAGUAUUUCACGGCUUGACUCUGCAGAAGAAAGGUUUGUUUGGAGAGUGACUGAAUGCAAGAAGGCCAUUUCCAGAGUAAACCUGCUGCUGUAAAAAGAUUACACCAGCCGUUACCCUUUGUUGCAUCCACACUGCCAUUCUGCUCUCAACAGGGAGUCACGUAGACAAGAAAGAAAAGUGCUGUUGUAGUGAAAAUGUGCCAAGGACACUGAUAUUGCAGGAAUGGAGGGAGGAUGGAUGGUACAGGGGGGUAUAGCAUUAUUGUAGCAAUGUAACUGUUGCCAUGCUUGUGACGGAAGAAGAGGUAUAUAACUGUCUGUAACUAACCACCAUUUUGAGGAAGAGAGUAGAGGCCUGUGCUCUACUCUGGCUAAGCGCUUAGCUAAAUAAACAACCUUAAAACAGGCUUUGGCUUCAUUAUUAAAUCUCCUCUAAAAGAACUCAGUCGUAAAUUCCACGACAAUCUUGGCGACGAAGGUGGGAUUGGAGGAUCUCCUGUCUGGGUCAACCCGAAGGGGGAAGGUCGGAGCGGCGGUUUGUGCGCAUCUUGAGAGCAACUGGCAAACAAGGGACAUAAAAUUUCACGAGCUAAACUACAAUUCUGUCAACCUGAGGUUGUCUACCUGGGAGAAGCUAGGACUACGAAACCGAAGAGUGUCUGAGAAGACAAGACAAAUAACAUCUAUCCAUUUUAGAGCCAAUGAGGUGCAACCCCUUCGGUAGAUCAGCUCCUCAGAUAGACUUUGAGCUUAUCGAAGUAGCACAUAGCCCAUUGGACUCUUUUGGACCUUCCCACACCGAGGUGGGGAGGCCAGUGACUUGCAUUGCUAGAGAAAAGUUUGGCUUUAUUGCUGUUUGUUUGGUAUUUCUAAUCAUCAUAAUUCUAAUAUGGCUCCUGCGGGAGUUAGGCUUGCUUUCUUAAUAUUGUAUAGCCUUCUUUUUACAGGGCAUCCUGAUUGGAGUAAAAAUACAUACCUGAGGCUAAUGGUCAAUCUUGCCAAAGGAAUGAACAAGAGUACUUGCUGGAUCUGUAUGCAUACCCCAACUUAUGAAAAGGAAGGUAUCCCACUGAUAGGAAUACCUCUGAAUGCAACUGGUCUUGUUUCAGAUGAAUGGCUCAAACGUGAUGAAUCUCUGAAAAGUCUUGAUACUACCCAGUAUGUAGCCUUGUCCGGAUGGACGAGAGGUGAACUUUGGAUAAAGUUCAUGGGAGAAACAUUUAUUGGUAGCAGCCAAUGUGAAUGGGUCCUCCACCGAGCCAAAGGUAGAUGGAGCCUUAAUAACUCCACUGGGCCAGUUAUGAGGAACAGGCGGAGGGUAAUGGAACCAUUGUGUGUGGCUCUUGGGCACCAGUGGUUCUCAUAUUACAAUGAAACCUGUACUCAAGAUGAAGCCACCAUAGCCAUGCUUAUGUAUGGCGAAGAAGGGGUGAGACAAGAUGGAUUUGCUCACAUCCUUCCUCCCUUAAUGGGAACAACACAUAGUUAUUGGUGGAUCUGUGGACAUAAGGCCUGGAAGAAAUUACCCAUUAACUCAAAGGGAUCCUGUUAUAUUGGACUUUUAGCCCCUGGAAUCAGGAUUGUGGACACCUUUCCUAAAGGUCUGAUACGAAAUUAUCGAAAGGCAGCCCCAAGUCAUAAAAUCCUGAAUGCAUAUAAAGAUCUUAAAGCUCCAGGUCAGUCCUGGCUAAGAGGUAUUUUCCCCUAUUAUGGGGCAGCGGCAAACCAUUUAGAUAUUUUAAGAAUUUGUACUCUGCUGGAGAAUUUCAUGAAUGAAACUGCUGAUGCUCUUACUAUGAUUAACACUGAACUUAAACAGAUCCGACAGUUUGUUUUACAAAACCGCAUCGCAUUGGACUACCUUUUGACAUCGCAAGGCGGAGUCUGCGGCCUCAUUGGCCCAGAAUGCUGCACUUACAUUGUUGACGGCUCUGUAAAUAUCACCGGAUCUAUCGAUAAUAUUCGCUUAUUAGCAUCUAAGGUGCAUGAGGUUAAAACUUCUGGGUGGCAAUGGAGUCCGGGGGAUUGGUUUGGUGGCCUGAGAGGCUGGAUAAAAUCAAUCCUCUUAGGACUAUUGUUGGGUAUGUUGUUCCUCUUUACCUUGUAUAUUUUGAUUAACUGUGUAUUGUUUUGUUUAAAGAAGACCAUGCAAAAGACCACCCAAAUGUUAACACCGGCUGAAGUGAGACAAAUGUAUUUGGAAUUUGACAGGCAACGGAUGGAGGAGGAAGAGGAGGUGUUAUCUAUCAUGCAAAUUGAGAUGGGACUCGAAAGGAGUCCCAUAGGGGGAGUGAGGUGGAUUUAGAUCAAUACUGAACAAGUCUGACUGCCAUUCUGCUCUCAACAGGGAGUCACGUAGACAAGAAAGAAAAGUGCUGUUGUAGUGAAAAUGUGCCAAGCACCCUGAUAUUGCAGGAAUGGAGGGAGGAUGGAUGGUACAGGGGGGUAUAGCAUUAUUGUAGCAAUGUAACUGUUGCCAUGCUUGUGACGGAAGAAGAGGUAUAUAACUGUCUGUAACUAACCACCAUUUUGAGGAAGAGAGUAGAGGCCUGUGCUCUACUCUGGCUAAGCGCUUAGCUAAAUAAACAACCUUAAAACAGGCUUUGGCUUCAUUAUUAAAUCUCCUCUAAAAGA